AUGGCCUUCGGCAUCCAGGAGCCCACUGAUGGCUUCCAGCCAACCUCAACAAACAGAAUCCAAACCAUUGACAAUAAUGCCGGAGAGCGUGUCCUCGUUCCCCAGCCCUCGGUAUCACCUCGAGACCCUCUCAACUGGUCCCGGGUCAAGAAAGAGCUCUGCUUUCUGACAAUCCUCCUGGGCUCCUUUGCCACUGGCUCCCUGGGACCACUGUUUGUGCCGGGAUUUGCUGUACUGGUUGCUCAAUUCGAUGUUCCCCUCACUAGUAUUACGCUCUUGAAUGGUAGUCUUGUGAUGGCUCUUGGAGUGAGCGCUUAUCUGUGUGCAUGUUUUGCCGCUGUGUUGGGAAAGAGGAUUGUGUACUUGAUCACCACGGCGAUAUUGGUUGUUACCUGCUGCUGGGCUGCGGCCUCCAAAUCAUACACAUCGCUGCUAGUGUCUCGUGUUUUUCAAGGCUUGGGAAUGGGAGGCUUCUUCGCCCUUGCCGGCACAGCCUCAUUAAAUGAUCUCUUCUUUGUCCACGAGCGCGGUUUCCGUGUCGGUCUCUGGAACUUUGGCGUCAUUGCGUCCGUCAACCUAACACCCGUGAUCAGUGGAUACGUCAUUUCGAACCUCUCCUGGCGCUGGAGUCUAUGGCUCGAAGUUCUGUUUUUCGGCGUUGUUUUUGCUGCGGUUGUCUGCUUCUUCCCAGAGACAUCGUUCCAUCGUGAGCACUGGGGUACACCCAUGAUGAGAGUAGAGCCCAAGUCCGAUCAUCCGAGCGAACACGUCGUAGAAACAGACAAUCCGUCUCGUGAUUUAUGGCAAAUAUUCAUCAGUGACUUUAUUGGCUGGGACCCAGAGAAACUUCCGCCUCAUCGACCAAACCUUCUCACGGCAUGCACGAAGCCCUGGGCAAUUAUUCUCCAUCCGGUCGUGAUCUGGGAGUGCGCUAUGUGGGCCGUGGUGUUCACCUGGACCAUCCUCCUCGGCGCCGUGGCUUCUCAAAUUUUUACUGCGCCGCCGUUCAACAUGAGCACCGUCGCCGUUGGAAAUCUUACCGGUAUCGCCCCGUUUAUUGGAUCUGCGCUCGGAACGGCUCUGGGGGGUUGGCUCUGCGACUUUAGCGGUAAAGCCAUGUCCCGACAUAAUGGUGGUAUAUACGAGCCCGAGUUCCGUCUUGUCGCCAUGCCUAUAGCCAUUGUGGCUAUGGCUGCGGGCUCGUUCGGUCUGGGCAUUGCUGUUGAGCAUGCCGUCUCACCUAUAGCAUGCGGAGUGCUUUUAGCUAUCAUAAAUUUUGCGGUGGGUGUGGGCUGUACUACUAUCGUCGUUUAUACGAAUGAUGUCUGCGCUGAAAGGGCAGGUGAUGCUUUUGGACUUUCGAUGGUCAUCAAAAGUGUAUUUGCAUUUGGCUUGAGUUUCGUCUUCAACACGUACCUUGCUACUAGCGGUCCACUGGUGUAUUUCUCGACUUUUGGUGCUGUGACGGUUAGUGUGAUGUUGACGACUGUUCCAAUGUAUUUCUUUGGAAAGAAGAUUCGUGCUUGGUCGGAGAAGCAUAACCUUCUUCGUCGAGCUUAA